UGUGCUUUUAAUAUCCCGGGGCUGGGCCGAGUUUAAAAAAUAAACGAACACCGCAAAGGGUGCAGGGGCCUUGCCGCGAAGCCCACGACGGUGGGUUUCCGCCGCAGGCCAGAGGCGGUGCGCUUCCACCAGCUCGCAGUCCAAAGAGGAAGCCCGAGAAGCUGCGCGCGACCUGUUUGUUUGAAAACUGAGUUGGGCGCGUCGGCCUCUUCCGAGGGCCGCUGGAGGGUCUGCAGCGUUUCCCGGGGGAGCCGCGGGGUCGGGAAUGCACCGAGCGGCUGGAUUCCUCACUCUGUGGCCCCCCACCCCUCACCCCCGAGCCCCAACACUCCAGCCUGUUGCUUCGUCCCCACCCCCUCCGCUCCAGGUCGGCUUUUCCCGGCAACUCCAGUGUGACUUCCAAACUCCUGGGCCCCGGGCUCACCUCGGGAUCUGCCUCCGCCUCCCGCCUGCUCCCCGAGGGCCUCAGGAAGUCGCCAGAGCCCCAGUCUUCGCCCGAGAGGUGCACUCCGGACCGCAGGCAGCGCUGCCGGCGGGGGGCCAGCCCGCGGCGAUGAAGCCGUCCUGGCUGCAGUGUCGCAAAGUCACCGGCGCCGGGGGACUCGGGGGGCCCCUGCCCGGGUCCUCGCCGGCCCGGGGCGCGGGCACUGCCCGCAGGGCUUACUUGGCCCCCGGCCCGCGGGGCGCGCUCGGGGGUCGGGGCUGCCGAGCGCUGUCGUCGGCCGGCGGUGGCGGCGAGUACAAGACCCACUUCGCGGCCUCGGUGGCCGACCCUGAGAGGUUCUGGGGCAAAGCCGCCGAGCAGAUCAGCUGGUACAAGCCCUGGACCAAAACGCUGGAGAACAGAUACCCGCCUUCCACCAGUUGGUUUGUGGAAGGAAUGCUUAACAUUUGUUACAAUGCCGUUGAUCGUCAUAUUGAAAAUGGUCAAGGAGAUAAGAUUGCUAUCAUCUAUGACAGUCCUGUUACUGAUACUAAAGCAACUAUUACCUACAAAGAAGUUCUGGAGCAGGUCUCUAAGCUGGCUGGUGUUUUGGUCAAGCAUGGUGUCAAAAAAGGUGACACUGUGGUUAUCUACAUGCCCAUGAUACCGCAGGCGAUGUACACCAUGCUGGCAUGUGCAAGAAUAGGAGCCAUCCACAGUCUCAUAUUUGGGGGAUUUGCAUCCAAAGAACUAAGUAGUCGUAUUGACCAUGCAAAGCCCAAGGUGGUUGUUACAGCAUCCUUUGGGAUUGAACCCGGACGGAGAGUAGAAUACAUACCACUUCUAGAAGAAGCACUGAGACUAGGACAACACAAACCAGAUCAUGUUCUCAUUUAUAAUCGUCCAAAUAUGGAGACCGUUCCCUUGGCUCCAGGUCGUGACCUUGAUUGGGAUGAAGAGAUGGCCAAAGCACAGUCACAUGAUUGUGUUCCUGUUCUUUCAGAACAUCCGCUGUAUAUUCUUUACACGUCUGGAACAACAGGGCUGCCGAAGGGUGUGGUUAGACCCACUGGGGGAUAUGCUGUGAUGCUAAACUGGACAAUGUCUUCUAUAUAUGGACUUAAACCUGGAGAGGUGUGGUGGGCAGCCUCUGACUUAGGCUGGGUUGUUGGACAUUCCUAUAUCUGUUAUGGACCUCUUCUACAUGGGAACACAACAGUUUUAUAUGAGGGAAAGCCUGUGGGAACACCAGAUGCUGGCGCUUAUUUCCGUGUGCUCGCGGAGCAUGGAGUAGCUGCCUUGUUUACAGCGCCGACUGCAAUUAGAGCCAUCCGUCAACAGGACCCUGGGGCAGCCUUGGGGAAGCGGUACUCUCUGACAAGGUUCAAAACGUUGUUUGUGGCUGGAGAACGAUGUGAUGUGGAGACCCUGGAAUGGUCCAAAAAGGUCUUCAGAGUACCUGUCCUAGACCACUGGUGGCAAACUGAGACUGGAUCCCCAAUUACAGCCUCAUGCAUCGGAUUAGGUAAUUCUAAAACCCCUCCUCCAGGACAAGCAGGAAAAAGUGUUCCGGGAUACAAUGUUAUGAUUUUGGAUGACAACAUGCAAAAACUGAAGGCUCGAUGUUUAGGAAAUAUUGUGGUAAAGUUGCCAUUACCACCUGGGGCUUUUUCAGGACUCUGGAAGAACCAGGAAGCAUUCAAGCAUUUAUACUUUGAAAAAUUUCCUGGAUACUAUGACACCAUGGAUGCUGGUUACAUGGAUGAAGAAGGCUAUCUAUAUGUUAUGUCUCGAGUUGAUGACGUGAUAAAUGUUGCAGGUCACAGAAUUUCUGCAGGUGCUAUUGAAGAGUCGGUCCUCUCCCAUGGCAUGGUAGCUGACUGUGCUGUUGUUGGUAAGGAAGAUCCUUUGAAAGGUCAUGUCCCCUUAGCACUCUGCGUGUUGAGAAAAGAUAUUAAUACAACAGAGGAACAAGUUUUGGAAGAAAUUGUGAACCAUGUUAGACAGAGCAUUGGCCCUGUGGCUGCUUUUCGAAAUGCAGUGUUUGUGAAACAGUUACCCAAAACGAGGUCUGGAAAAAUUCCCCGGUCAGCUCUGUCUGCCCUGGUCAACGGCAAGCCGUAUAAGAUAACACCUACAAUUGAAGACCCCAGCAUUUUUGGGCACAUAGAAGAAGUGCUGAAGCAGGCAUCAUGACUUUCUUUUUUCCUAUUUUGAGUCAAUUUGAGUCAAUUUUCUAACUGGAGUCAAAUUUUUUGAAUUCUUUCCCAUAAAUAAAUACUUAAAUAGAAAUUACUCGCAACCUGAAAUGUGAAUUAUAAAGCUUGGUCUAAAAAAAAAAAAUAGUAUUUGAAGACUAGAAGAAGACCUGUGCCUUCUGUUUAAUUAGACGCAAUUAGCAUCUUUUUCAGUUGCCUGGAACAUGGUUCAUUGUAGAUUGUCUAUCACUUUAAUUUAGGAAAAAUAUAGCUAAUGUAUGAUUUUAAAAAGCUUACUCCCUCAAAUAUUUUAAUCGAAAGUGACACAUUAACAUAGAGUACUUCCUGAAAUGAGGAAUCUGUAGCUUUGACCCAGAACCUAAAACUCAAGUUGAAGUCAGAAAAUAAUGGUAAUUUUUCUUAUAGAAAUUCUGAAUAUUUUCUAACAUUCUUGAGAUGUCCCCAUGCAUGGUUAUUAAAAAAAAAUAAAUAAAUAAAUAAAAUGGGAGGCUUUAGGGAAUCACCUAGACCGAUGACUUUGAAAUAGGAGCAUCCAUCUAGACCUACAUUUCCUGAGGGAAGCUUAGAUACCAGGAUACAGCUCUGCCCUCGGGUCAUUUUGACCUUGUCAAGGGAAAUCACAAGCCUGACAGAUCCUAGAGGUCAUUUAAUCCAGUCUGUUUGUCAGGGAGGUGAGAGCGCUUUGGAGUUCCUCCUGUCUCAGGUUCUUAGUUGACCGUACACUUAAUGAUUCCAGCUUCCUAUAAAAACAAGGAAAUGACACAAAAAUGCAGUAAACUGACAAGGAAAACUCUUAAGGAAGAAAUGUAAAAGUUUUUAUAUUAUGCUAAAGACCAGGAGUUUUUAAGUAAUCCCAAAUCUAGAUUUUUAUGUGAAAUCUCUAAUUUUUUAAUAAUAACUCACUAAAAACACAUUGUGACAUUCAAACACAUGUUUCCAUUUAAACUUAUCUAAAACUAUUGAGAAUUUAAGAAAAAUUCCUGAAAAUGAAUCUUUGUUAAUAAGUUUAUGGUAAUGUACCAAUUAGCCAGAGUAGAUAAUUAAAUAUAUGAUUUACUUAGGAUUCUACAUGCUAUCAGUUAUUGAAGAAUACAUUUAAACUAAAAAAAUAUAUAUAUACCAUGCCCAUUGAGUCUUUGAUGGUGCUUAAAGUAUUUCCCAAUCUUUCAGUCCAUCAGGAAAAUUAUUUUUUAAGAGCAGCUGUCCUAACAUGAUAGUCUGGGUAUAUGAAAUAUAUGUGAGAGAUAACAGAGAGCUUAUUUACUGGUUUAUUUCAUAAAAAUUGCUUACAACUUAUAUAUAAAGACAUUAUGAAAAUGAUAGGUUUUUUUUUUUUUUUUUUGGACCAUAAACUAUAAAUCAAUGGCUUCUCAAAGUAAAGUCCUCUUUGCUUAAAUUGGCUUCUUGAUUGUUACACCUGAAAAAUUUUUCAGCUAAUUGUUCUCUUUAAUUGUUUCGGUAGCCUGCACUAAACCAACUAGAUAGACAUUCAACUUAUAAUUUGAAGCUGUGAACUUCCUUAAAGUGUCCCUUCUGUUGGGUACAUUUUACUCAUUAUCACAACUGUAAUCUUAAGUAAUAUAUUCUUGUUAAGAAUAUAACAAUUAUUUUUUCGUGUAACAUCCCGUCAAUUUGAAAUGGCAAAUUCUUUAGCUGAAUGUGUACCAUUGUUCAUUUGUAAGGGAUAAACAAAGGCAGAUCCGAGAACUGUGUGAAGGGUGUAUCUGUGGACCUCUUGCACAUUUUUUCCUAGCCAUCAAUUCUGAAGGGACACAUUAGCAAGCAGGCUCAAGUUAUUUUCCAAUAACUCGGUGCAUGAGACUGGGGAGGAAGUACUGUUCCUGCAUCUGGUCGAGGCAAUUUAUCUCCUCCGAAGAGUCAAAGGAAGUACUGUUACUUUCAUGUGAUUAAAAGUGGGGCAAGAAAGAUACACUUGAGUUGUUGGACUGCCUAAAAUUUGGUAGGAAAAAAAAGGAAUUUUCUCUUACAUACUUACCAUAAAGCACUUUCAGUAGAUAGUACCUAGAAUAUUCUGGAUUAAAUGUAUCUUUAAAAAUAACGAUAUAAUGUUACUAAAAAUACAAUCAUUGUCUUUUCUGAAAUAAAGUCCUCAUGACUUUUU